UUGUGUUUUCUUUCACCACGCCAGUCAUAAAAGUGGGCGCUUCAUAUCUCUGUCGGUUGUUGAUGGUGCAGGCUUUCUUCAUCGCGCAGCUUCAGCGAUGUUUAUCCCUACUUUAGAGGAAGACAUGCACCAUUUUAAACCGAAUCGACACAGGCUCUACACAACGAGAUGCUGUGGGUGUUGCCAUGUCAGGACGGGAACCAUCAUUCUCGGCACCUGGUACAUGGUGGUGAACCUGUUGAUGGGCAUUCUGCUGACCGUGGCCGUGACCCACCCAGAGAACGUGCCCACUGUGGACCUGCAGUAUGAGGUUAUCGAGCACUACUUUAGCCACACCCUCCAGGUGGAGGGGAAUGUUUUAAAGGAGAAUGCCUGUGUGGGAUUCGCAAUCUCUCUGUUGAUGCUCACUAUCAGCGCCAUGAUGGUCUAUGGAGCCAUUACUCAUCGUGACGGCUGGCUCAUCCCGUUCUUCUGCUACCAGCUCUUUGACUUUGCUCUGAGUUGUCUGGUGGCCAUCAGCUCCCUCACCUACCUACCCCGGAUCAAGGACUACAUGACAGAGGCUGUGAGUCAGAUCCAGUCCCACACCCCCCCCAGCCGUGGGUCGGUCAUAGUCCAGCGACCCCCCCCCCCAGCCUGUCGGCUAGUCCACGACCGCCCCCUCCCCCCCAGGCCUGUCGGCAGAUUCCGCCCCCACCCCCCAGGCGAGCCCCUGUCGGCUAGUCCCACGGACCCCGACCCCCCAGCCGCCUGUCGGCUAGUCACGCCCCCCCUCGGCCUGUCGGCUAGUUACACGCACGCCCCGCCCCUCCAGGCCUUGUCCCGGACUUAG